AUGAGUAGUAUUAGACAAAAUGACCGGCAAGCUAUUUGUUUUCUCUACGCCUCCUCCGUUGUCGCGGCCAGUCUGUCACUAGCGGUGGCGUCCAUGCAAUAUGCCGAUCAUAAUGAUCAUCGGAGUAUCACAGCCGAGUGGGGCAGGCCGCUGUUCGUGAGCAGCCUUUACGCUACCAGUUGUCUCAUUCUGAUUGCAAUGGCUGGCUACUUCGAAUCGCAUCGCAGUGAGACAUUUGAGGCUGUGCAUCGAGGAACAGGCCCCGUUCCAUUUAGUGUGAAGUUUUCUAUCAAGGGCGAGAAGGUGAAUUUGUACCUCAGACUGGGUUUAGCAAUGUUCGGUUUGAUGAGCAUCGGUCAUGUGGCUGUGAAGUUUGUUGAAGAUAAACCCACGACAAGCAACGAAUUCUGUCUUCAUUUGAAAUCCAUUCUGGAAAUGGCAUUCUUUGUUCUUCAGACACUGUUCAUACUUCGGUACCAUCGCCUUGUUAUUUUACGAUAUAACGAGGCAAUGGGUGCUGGUUUCGUUCACCUGCUCACAACCAAUUUGUGUGUGUGGGCCGACAUAUCGGUCGGAAAGAUAGACAAAACACUAUCGUACGGUAAACAGUGGCGCACCAAAAGUGGUGUCAUGAUGGAACAGUAUCGUAACUCGACGGAUCAUGUGCACAUCACCAACUGUACAGACGAUAGCCAUUCGGCCACACAUUCACUCAAUCUGAUUGACAUAUCGUUCUAUUUACUCCCGACAGUGAGCGAAUAUUGUCUACUGGCGGCGGCCUUACUGUACGAGAUCACUGUUCGCAUCGGACAGCCUAGUUUUAUUGAGAUUGAGAAGUCAAAAGAAGCGAAACAGUCCAGUCGGCAUCGAAAUGAAUGUCGUGACUGUAGCGCAAGUGCUGGUUCAUGGUUUGGUAUUAUAACGGUCUUGCUGGUGAUUGCUCUCACCAUCGUCACCGCCACAACACCGAAGUACGUGGAGAAAGCUGCCAAUUUCUGGAAAUCCGUAAUCAUUCUGGCUGAGGAAGCAAUACUGUGCCUGUUCGGAAUCGCCUUUGUGAUUAUGGCAUUUUGCCAAACCAGAAAACUGAAGUUCAGCAUUGCAACUCGACAAAGUCAUGUGGAAGAAUUUCUCCUGUACACAGCUUUCUUUUUCAGUGCCAACUAUACCAUAUCAACCAUGAUUUUGUCCGCGGAUUUCGAGGAUGAAAAUCGUAAUUUUGAAACAAAGCUCAAUACAGAACGAUACUUGCUCAUUUGUCGCUGCACUUUGAAUGCGUUUGAACUCGUCCAAAUUUUGUUCCAAACGUACAUGAUACAGGACAGUUUCCAUCGAUGCAGUGACCGAUUGAAACAUCAGAUCACAAAACCCGGUCGGCAAGCGAUUGUGGCUUUGCUGGGAAUCAAUUUGGCAUUUUGGAUACAGCAAAGUUUUCAGCUGAAAAAUGCCGACAUUCUCUUCCUGAUUGAAAGUGACAAAGGUGCCUACGGAUGGAUCUUGUACGUGGUCACUAUGCCAAUCAGUCUGUUCUAUCGUUAUCAUUGUACAGUUUGUCUUUCACAGUGUUUCAACAAACUGUACGAGGAUGAGGUGAGUGCGGUUGAUGACUAA